CUGUGCGAAAACAAUUCUUUUACAAAUUAAGCUGUGUUUACAUGCAUAAAUAAGUAAUCCGCAUAGUGGUUCGAAAUAUAUAUAAUGGUAGACAUGAGACUAAUUAUAAUCCUAAACAUGAACUCUUCAACGGAUUAUAUAAUGAAUUACAUCCUUCUUCGCUUUACUUUGUCCGGAUUAUCUUGGGUUGGUUUGGCUUGUACGAAGGAGUUCAUGGAAUUUCAUCUCAUACAAAUAUAAAACGAAACCCUCUCAUAAAUAUCUAUGUAUACAUGGAUUAUGUAUUCGUCAUCGUCAUCUGCUAAAAUUAGUCAACGUAGAAGUUGCUAAUUAGUCUUUAAUAAUUCAUAUCAUAUCUGAGCUUUUGUUGUACAAAGUCAUGACCAUAUUUUCUCAUUAUUAUGUUCUCUGCAUUUUUAGCCACUCGAGUUUCCACUAUAUUCGUACAAAAUUGGAGUUGAGGCAUCAGAGUGUACAAAAGCCAAACUGUGCGUCAUCCAACUCUUAAAAUCCUUAUUUUGUUAAUUAUGGUAAUACCUGUCGUCAUCAUCAUUUCUGUAUUUGCUUCUAAUCGGGGUUACCAAGAACGUUGCAGCCCAAUCUUACUGACCACAAUGAGACGCAUUCGAGGUUCUGUUGACCUUCGCAAUCUGAGCAAAGAAUCCCUUCCUCACCAAUUGCGAUCCGACCACGAAAAGUAUGCCAGGAUUUGGGACAACCUGGAAUUGACGUGGAGAGGUGACACCGACUCGUCGACGGACUCUGUCAUCAUCGCCACAAAUGUAGCCAUCACAUCUCAGGAAAGCAACAAAACAUGUUCUGAAACUGAUUUCCUCGCUCCCUGCGCCACGGAUGCCGACUGCACCGAAUACGAGAUUCUACCCAAAGGGCAUGGUCCCCUGACGGGAAGGUGUGUGAUUUCCGACGAUGACCCCACUCGAAGGUCGUGCGAGAUCAAAGGUUGGUGUCCAGUUGAGAAAUACCCAGGACAAGUCCCCAUUUUGCAAGAUGCAGGAAAUCUCUCAUUAUUCCUCCAAGCCAUUGUAAAAUUUGAUUUGAAUGGAGACACUUUUUAUACGAGAAAUGUUCGAUCUGUCCAACAUGCUAAAAUUUUGAGUGACGAAGAUCUCAAAUCUUGCCUGUAUCAGAAUAAUGAUUCCAAAUUCCGAUAUUGUCCGAGAUUUCUCGUUAGGGAUGUGGUCAGAUUUUCAGGGACUGAUUACGAAAAUGACGCUAUAAUAUACGGUGGAAUCUUUACCAUCAACAUGGAAUGGAACUGCGAUUUUGCAAAAUACUCGGAAACGGAAUGCAUUCCAAAGUAUUCGUUCAAAAGGUUGGACACGAGAACUGAGUACGAAACAGUGGAGCCUUCGAGUGUGCAUGGAAUUACAAACGGUUUCAGAGCGGUAUCUCAUGACGGCCUGGUUCGUCGCACAGUUGUGAUGACAAACGGAAUAAGAAUAGUGUUUACAGUGACUGGUCAAGGUUUUAGAUUCAAUUGGUGGGUCACGUUCGUGGGCAUUGGGUCACAAUUGGAGAUCUUGAGCGUGCUGUACUCAAUUGUCCCAAUUGCUAUUCUAUGGAUUUUUUAUAAACGUCACAGUACGGGAUUAGGCUGCAAUAAAGCAUGUGCUUGCGUCUUUGCUGAUGUGAGAUUUACGGACGAGGAUAUGCAUGAAAUAAAAAUAGCAUUGCAAGGAAAAGAUGCAAUACCAAAACGCUCAACUAUCAGUCCUCAUUUUCAAAGUAACAACGGUCAAGUAGUUAAUGAAAAUGGAGGGUGCAGUGUUUCUCAAAUUUCAGAGCCAAAUGUGCCUCGAACAACAAUUCCAUUUGAAACAUUUGACACAAUACAUUUGUAACAAUGCAUUAGCAAAUAAGACAACAAUCAGAUAUUAUGUAUAUAAUUGUGAACUUAAUUUUUUACGUGUAAAUAUUCAGUAAAUAUGUAUGAGAAAAAC